CUUUAUGCAUAUAUCUCCUUUUAUAAUCAUAUAUAAGAAGCAAUUCGAUGGUUCAGGUUUGGGAAGCAGUAGAGGUGGAUCGAAAGCGAUGUUGGUGAGGUUCAAUCCGAAGACAGAUUUACACAUAUAUGGCUGCUGCAGGCCGCGUAAAUUGAUCUCAGAUUGAGCCGCGCCAAUAUCACUUUCUUAAAUAAUUGGUUCUACCCUUUCAAUUGCUUUUACAACCUCUAUAACUUAAUUCAUAGCUAGAUUUCAGUUCUUAGUUUAUAUAUUAGCUUCAGCUAGCUUACAUUACUAUAUGUUAUGUCACUUUCUGCAUGAUAUUGUAUGGCUCAAUGUUCUUAUAUAUAGACCAAAUGUUACUGAUUUAGUUUAAUCUGUUAGCUAGCUUAUUCAGGACCCUCUAGUUUCACGAGUAUCACUUACUGAUGUCAAUUUUAAGCAAGAAACUUGUUAUUUAUAGCAGUACUACUUACAAUUCUUCUUCCUUGUCCCCCAGCUAUGCCACACAUGAUGAUAUGCUUUAAUCUGCUUUCUGGUUCCAAGCAAGCACUUUAUUAGAUCGAAAACGGAUCAACCACAGAUAUGCAAUCCUCACUUUCUGUCUCUCACAUGAAAUAUCAAUAAAUUUCUUAGAUUUCUUCGUUACAAUUGCUGAAAAUUUGAAAUACAUGUUUCAAUUACUUCUGAUCGAGAUUGUACUCGAACCAAUAAUGACUAACCCCUUUCAUGAAUAUUUCUUUAAUUUCUACUCAAUCUUGAACAUUCAGGAUUUAGUGCAGUCAAAGAAGCCAACGUACGUACUUAUGAAAUAGGUUUAGUUAAAGACGUGAGAAAGCAUAUAAAGUCAUACAACUUGUACCUCAAGUUAAACAUUACUGACUAUUUGUAUCUCUUGUAGCAAGAGGUAUAUAUAUACACACACACAACAAAUCAAUCAACACUUCAACAGGAGUCAAGGGCCACACCCUUCUCAUUUAGAAAAGAUAGAAUGAUCGAUUUUCCUUUAUCUACGAAUUGAUUGGAGCACAACGAAAAGAAGUGGGACAACAUAAGAUGAAAUAUAUGGAAUCAUCAAGAUACAGAUAAAGAAACUAGUGUCAGAUUUUUAUGCUUGGACUUUUGUUAAUAGCUAGUUUCAACUUUGAAAUGGAAUUGGUAUUUUCUUAAUUGUUUAAGCUUUUAGAGGACAAUCUUCGUCUAAAUAACAACUAAUUGUUAGUCUUCAAUUUCAACAAUUGUCAUUCGUUCAAUAUUAUAUCGAUCUACAUCAGUGUUUACUUAUACGCUUAGAUCUUCUAUUGUCCAAUGUAUAGUAUCAGUAUAGGAAAAACAUCUUUAAAAUAUUUCCAAAUAUGCAGAGUAAUCAACUAAAUUCUAUAGGCUCUUAUUUGAAAUUAAAGUGCUUUUGAUUUAUUUGUUAGUUAAUUUUUUUUUUCUAGCUGGAACAUUAAAGAAUAGAUCUGUAAUUAACCAUUCCUCAACGUACGUUAUUGAUCAUUAUUUUCUUCUUUUUAUGGGCAAAUACUUGUUUUGACCAAAAUUAACCCUUUGCAAGGUGUAUCCAGACUUUUCAAUACAUAAAAAGCUAGUCAAAUCUGUGGCAUAAUGAUAAUAACAAUGUACCGAGGAUAUAGGCUUCAGAAAAUGGUGGGAUUCACAACCUACAUUCAAUGUCGACCCUAGAUCAUCUCAGCUCCGUAGAUUGACUAAUGCAGAACAGUUUUAAUUUGGUUCAUUCCAUUUUUUUUUUGUUCUUUAUCAGUUAUGCUAGGGUUACUACAAAUUUAACUUCUUGUUGGUCGAGGGUUUACAACGAAUUCCUGCAUAGGGUAUCAACUUCUUGUUGUCGAGGGUGAAGAACAUUCCUAACUUCUCAGUUGUACCAAACCAAUCACCAAUUGGUAAUUAACUUCAAUUGUUACGUUUUAAUAGAGAUGUUGGAAACUCGUGAACCGGCUGCUGCAAAUCAUCAUCAUCAUGAGUACUUGUGCACGGAGUCGAAUAGCCUCUGCGUUCCAAUCACAUCCCAUUCAAUGUCGCCUAAGUUGCUAAUCAAGAAGAGCUUUGCUUACCACAAGAUGCCUCAACAGCCUCUAAACCUCUCUGUUAUCAAGUUGGACGGCUCUACCUUUGAGGUGCAAGUUCCAAGGACGGCAACGGUGGCCAAACUAAUAGAGGCCGUGAAGGAUGUUUUUGAUCGGUCAGCAAAUGAUGAUGAAAUGAUUUCAUGGUCACAUGUUUGGGGUCAUUUUUGCUUAUGUUAUAAUGGCGAGAAGCUACUUGAUUACAAGGCAUAUAUUCGAGUCAUUGGAAUCAAAGAUGGCGAUCAGCUUUUUUUUGUUCGACAUCUUUCAGCAAUGUAGCAUAUGAUCAACUGGAAAAGAGUCUAUGAUAUAUUAUGAACGAAGAAGAAGCCAUCCCUGCAAUAGAUCAAUGCAGCUUAUGCUUAUGAUCUGAUCGUGAUGAACACAGCUCGUGAUGGAGUUGAAUGACACAGGCUUAUAAGAUUUGGGGAGGCCGGAAGCAUUUAUCGGGUCUCUCCUGCCGUAUCAAAUUUAAUGCAUCCACUGUGAAAUAAUUGAAUCGACUGCAGAAUUAUACAUUUUUAUGUAGGAGAUCAAAUUCGUUCAUUCUUUGUAGUCAGAAGUGUUGGUUUAUAACUGUUAUAUAUCCACAAAGCAGAUUCAUAAAGAAUUGUAAUAAAAGAUGUGUUGAGUUGAGUAAA